UUUUCAAGAAGGAAGGGAAAAAGAACCCCUAACCCUAGAUUUUCCGGCUCGUUUCUCCCACGAAACUACUAAACAAAAUAGCUCGCCGUAAAGACGGUUCGAUCUAUUUCCACGUCAUCAAUCCUCGUAAAUCGUUGUUUUUGACGGCUGAGAUUGCAGUUGCAGAGGCUACUGGUAGAGAGAGCAAACAAGCUUCCCCUCUCCCUCUCUUCUCCCAGCUAUCUCUUCCAAGUUUCUGGUUUUUAUUAUGCGAAAAAGAAACAAAUCUCUUUUUGAAGAUGAGGUUGCUGGAAGAGAUGGAUUUUGAAGAGGAAAAGAAGGAAAUUAGGGUCAUGAAAGAGGAAGAGGCGGACGGUGAAGAUGGAAGUGAAAUAGACGGCGAAGAAGAAGAGGAAGAGGAAGAGGACGACGAAGACGAUGAUGAUGAAGUGCAGGCUAUUCAUUCUUCCGGUGGUCCUUCAGUUCAGUCAGUUGAUGACGAGGACGAGGACGAGGACGCCGAGGACGAAGAUGACGGCGGUGAUGACGAUGCCGACGACGACGACAACGACAGUGAUGAUGAUGAUGGGGAAGGUGAAGAGGAGGAGGAUAUGGGAACAGAAUACCUUGUUCGGCCCGUGGCUCGUGCUGAAGAUGCUAGUGAUUUUGAACCAGACGAAAACGGCGAGGAGGAUGAAGAUGAUAACGAUGAUGACGAUGACGACUGGAGUGGUGAAAAAAUUGAAGCUCCAUCCAAGAGGAAGAGAUCGAACAAAGAUGAUGAGGAUGAUGAUAGUGGAGAAGAUGAUGAGCGACCCUCCAAGCGAUAGGGCCCGUAAUGCUGUGCAUUCUAUUUUUGGUUGUAUUGUAUCAUCAUGGUUCGGUACUAUUAUCUGUUACAUUGUACUUUUAAUCUGGUAAUAUGCUUCUUUGAGAUAAAAGGAGCAUUAUUGGGGGUGGGGUGGGGGUGGAAUUGCUUUAGGAUUUAUGUAAUUUUAGGAUGUUAGAUUAAACUGUAAACUUAGCAUGGUUUUACUAGUUUGGUUCUUCCUUUAAAA